AUGAUAAUAAAAAAUAUUGAAAUAAAUCAUACAACAAAUAAGAUAAGGAUUACUAGGUUAAUAAAAGUUUCCCCAGAAUUGGAUUCAAGAGGACUUUUUAAUUUUCCAGAUGACGUUUCUGGUGAAGGUGAUAUCGAACUUAAAGAUCCCCUACCAUGUGGUUCAUCAAUCAUCUUUCCUUUUAAACCAAAUUUCCCAAAAGAUUUAAAUAGAUUCGAAGGAAAAAGAUUCAAGUUUUUAACAAAUAAAAAAAGUCAAAUCGUUGGAACCUUUUUAAACUAUAAACAAAAUAUUAAUAAUAAUAAAGCAAUAGAAUAUAAUAUUAUAAUCGAUGUAGAGGCAUUUUUUUCAGAGAUAACAGAUAAGGUAUUACCAAAAGGGCCAUUUUCUAUCAAUAGUUCAGAUAUUAUAGAAUAUUUCCCAUUAGACUAUGUUGUAACAGGCCAAUUUACAAGACCAAAGAUCAAAAUAGAAUCAAUUAAUGUACCAAGAGAAAUUUUAAUUUCCUAUACAGUACCAUUUGAUGCAUACUCAAUGAAUGGUUAUAUCGUACAUAGCGUCAAGGGUAUCAAAAGCGAAGAUUUGUAUUAUUGUGAAGGGCAAUUGGCAUCAGACAUUGAAGUUAGAGUCACUACAACUUACUAUUGGUCACCAAUUUGGACUAUUUUGGGUGGUGAUGUGGUUUUAACAAUUAUUAAAGAUGAUUUUGUAUAUGUCAUAAAUAACAUAUGUACCGUAAGAAAUACGUUAUCACCAAUUGUCCUAUCAAGUUUUACAACUCUUUUUAACAAAGCAAUGUUGUUGCAACCAGAUGAACCAUUUUUAGAAACUUCGAUUUUCUUUAAAGCCCUCUCCAAUUUAUCAAAUGAUUUGGUUUAUUUCGAAGAUGACUACUAUUCUAUUUGCAACAAAAACUUGGGUGAUUUUUUUAAUCCGCCACCAGACAACACAAAUGAAGAAGCAGCCAAAAUAUUCAACUACUCACAUCGAUUUUUAAGUGCAACUAAAGCUGAAGGAUUUGCGGUUAUAAAACUAAAUUUCCAAAACGAAAACAAUAAACACUACAAAAACUACUCUUACGAAUCCAUAGUAUCAUCAAGACAAAAAGCAAUGGUAAUUCCACAACUUAAAAUUUCAAGUCAAUGCACACAUGUUGAAAUUCAGUAUAGCGACUCUAUGGUUUACAGAUUUUUAAAUGGCUCAAAAUACAGUACAGAUGUAUUGGUUUAUAAAGGAAUGAGCAAUAACAGCAUUAAUGAGCAUCCAAAGACAAUAGUAUGCUCUGAAUCAAUCAAACUAGAUGAAUAUUUAUAUAUUUUCGAUUCAAGAGCCUCUUCAGUAAACGAAUUCCAAAUUAGAAUAUUAUCAUCAAAAACCCUAUAUUUAAAUUAUAAUUUACCAACUAAAAUUUUAAAUUUUUUAAAUGAAAAUAAUUUAAAAGUAGAUUUAUCUUUAAAUGGUUUUCAAGAGGUUAAUUUAGAAAAGUUUGGUAUAGAAUUCCAUAAACCCCUAUAUUCAUUAUUGGUCAAUGAAAUUUUUGAUGAUAAGCAAAUUUCAAAACCAAAUAUAGAAGAAUCAAUAUUUAAUAACAAAAUAUUUUCCUUUAAGGAUUAUAUAUAA